AAUCAAUAAUAAAGUUUUUGUUGGUCUUUCCGCUACAAACGCAACUCUGGGAAGAGUCAACAGCAACAACAAACUUCUCUCCUUUCUCCUCACAGUGCUCCAAAAAAGACUUGUUUGUGUUUAAAACAGGUCAACGCUCAUAAUUAUCACUUCUUUCCUUUUAACUUUCAUACCUCCUCCUCCUACCACUUCACAAAAUGUCUUCAAAGGCAAUCCGUGAAUUCGAUGCAAAGUUGCUCGUUAACUAUUGGUUGCCUCGUGCUCCUUUAGCACAUGCUUCUUGCAGUGUUUCAGAAAACUUUAAAGCUCCAGCUCCUAAAGUCGCACAAAUCGCUUGGGAUGCUGCAACAAACACAAUCACACCCGAAGAAGCUUUACCAGCUUGGGUUCACAACACAAAAUUGGUCGCAAAGCCAGAUCAAUUGAUCAAAAGACGUGGAAAGGCAGGAUUACUCAAACUAAAUUCAGAUUGGAAAGAUGCAAAAGAAUGGAUCUCUGAACGUGCAGGAAAACCACAAAAAGUGGAAACAGUUACAGGAACUUUGAGUAACUUUAUCGUUGAACCUUUUGUUCCUCAUCCUUCCAAUGCAGAAUUUUACGUUUGCAUCAACUCUACACGUGAAGGAGAUUGGAUCCUAUUCACACAUGAAGGAGGUGUAGAUGUAGGAGAUGUAGACGCAAAAGCACUCAAAUUAUUGAUUCCAGCAAACCCAGAAGACGCUUUCCCAUCAAGAGCACAAUGGACUGAAACCCUCCUACAAGGCGUUCCAGAUGCCAGCAAAAAGGAACUCUUGACUGAUUUCCUCAUCCGUCUAUACAGUGUUUACGUCGAUUUGCACUUUGCUUACCUCGAAAUCAACCCUCUCGUCUGCCUUGACGAUGGCACAAUCGCAUACCUUGAUAUGGCUGCCAAAUUAGAUCAAACAGCCGAUUUCAUCUGCGGUCCCAAAUGGGCCAUUGCUCGUGAUCCUUCAAUCUAUAUGGGAACAAGCAUCUCUGCUCCAGCCAAAGGUGAAGAACGCGGUCCACCAAUGUACUGGCCAGCACCAUUCGGUCGUGAUUUGACAAAAGAAGAAGCAUACAUUGCCAAAUUGGACGCAGGAACUGGGGCUUCUCUCAAAUUGACAGUCUUGAACGCAAAGGGACGUAUCUGGACAAUGGUUGCCGGUGGUGGUGCCUCUGUCGUAUACAGUGAUGCUAUUGCUGCUCACGGUUUUGCUGAUGAAUUGGCAAACUAUGGUGAAUACUCUGGUGCACCAACUGAAACACAAACUUACGAAUACGCCAAGACAUUGUUGGACCUCAUGACCCGUGGUACCCCACACCCUGACGGAAAGAUUUUGAUCAUUGGUGGUGGUAUCUCUAACUUCACCUCUGUCGCUGCCACUUUCAAGGGUAUCGUUCGUGCUCUCAAGCAAUUUCAAUCUCUUUUGGUUGCUCACAAAGUACGCAUCUUUGUCCGUCGUGGUGGACCAAACUACCAAGAAGGUCUGCAAGCAAUGCGUCUCUUGGGUGAAACUCUUGGUGUCGAAAUGCACGUCUACGGACCUGAAGUUCACAUCACCUCCAUUGUUCCUCUCGCUCUUGGUUUGAUUAAGCCAGAUGACAUCAACUUGGAAGACACAAAGAUUGCCAUCCCUGCUUCUGGUGCUCAAACUCCCGUUGGUGGACAACCAAACGGCAACAGUGCCGAACACAAGCCAACCGGAUCAGUCAACUUUGAGACCGGAGAGCGUGUUCAACCUCAAGAUCAAAUUGUCACCUUCAACCCCGUCACCGGAGCAGCUCAACGUCCUGAGCACUUGCCAUUCGACGAAAACACCCGCUGUCUCGUUUAUGGUCUGCAAUCUCGUGCAAUUCAAGGUAUGUUGGACUUUGACUACUCUUGCGGCCGUAAGACUCCAUCAGUGGCUGCAAUGAUCUACCCAUUCGGUAGCAAUGCUUUGAAUAAGUUCUACUGGGGUACAAAGGAAACAUUGGUGCCUGUCUACACCUCCGUUCAAGAAGCUGUCAAGAAGCACCCCGAUGCAGAUGUAAUUGUCAACUUUGCAUCUUCCCGUUCAGUCUACUCUUCCACUUUGGAAAUCUUGCAACUUCCUCAAAUCCGUGCUUUGGCUCUCAUUGCUGAAGGUGUUCCAGAACGUCAUGCCCGUGAAAUCUUGCACCGAGCAAAGAAGGCAGGUGUUUUGAUCAUCGGUCCAGCCACCGUUGGUGGUAUUAAGCCAGGCUGCUUCAGAAUCGGUAACUCUGGUGGUUCAAUGGAAAACAUUGUUGCCUCCCGCUUAUACCAAGCCGGUUCAGUUGCAUACGUUUCCAAAUCCGGAGGUAUGUCUAACGAAUUGAACAACGUUUUGUCUCUCAUGACCGAUGGUACCUACGAAGGUAUUGCCAUUGGUGGUGACAGAUACCCUGGUUCCACUUUCAUUGAUCACAUGUUGCGUUACCAAAAGGACCCCAACUGCAAGGUCAUGGUCUUGUUGGGUGAAGUUGGUGGUGUUGAAGAAUACCGCGUUAUCGAAGCCGUUCAACAAGGUAUUAUCACCAAGCCAAUCGUUGCUUGGGCUAUUGGUACUUGCGCCAGCAUGUUCACAACCGAGGUUCAAUUCGGUCACGCCGGUUCGAUGGCGAACAGUGAUUUGGAAACUGCCAAGGCAAAGAAUGCAGCAAUGAGAAAGGCAGGAUUCUUGGUUCCUGACACCUUUGAACAAUUGCCAGGCUUGCUCAAGUCAACCUAUGAAAAAUUGGUAAGCAAUGGUUCCAUUAUUCCCAAACCACGCCGUCAACCACCAAAGAUCCCAAUGGACUACAAACAAGCACAAGAAUUGGGAUUGGUCCGUAAACCAGCUGCUUUCAUCUCUACCAUUUCCGAUGAACGUGGAUCUGAAUUGAUGUACUCUGGUGUCAAGAUUUCCGAAGUGUUCGACUCUCAAAUGGGCAUCGGUGGUGUUAUCUCUUUGUUGUGGUUCAAGCGUCGUUUGCCUGACGUGUACACCAAAUUCAUCGAGAUGGCCAUCAUGUUGUGUGCCGAUCACGGUCCAGCUGUCUCUGGUGCUUUGAACACCAUCGUUACUGCUCGUGCUGGUAAGGAUCUUGUCUCUUCUUUGGUUUCCGGUCUUUUGACUAUUGGUGACCGUUUCGGUGGAGCUUUGGACGGUGCAGCCCGCAUGUUCACAUCUGGUUUGGACAGAGGAUUGACUGCACGUGAAUUGGUCGAUGAAGCUCGUCGUAACGGUGUUCUCUUGCCAGGUAUCGGUCACAAGAUCAAAUCAGUUUCCAACCCUGACUACCGUGUCCAAGUCGUCAAAGAAUACGUUCUCAAGAACUUCAAGACUCACCCAACAUUGGAUUACGCUUUGGCCGUUGAACGUGUUACAACCCAAAAGAAGGAUACUUUGAUCUUGAACGUUGAUGGAUGCAUUGCUGUUUGCUUUGUUGAUCUUUUGCGUGAAUCCAGUGCAUUCACCCGUGAAGAAGCUGAUGAUUACAUCAAGAUGGGAGGUUUGAACGCAAUCUUUGUUUUGGCUCGUUCGAUCGGUUUCAUUGGACACUUUUUGGAUCAAAAGCGUCUGCGUGCACCUCUUUACCGUCACCCUGCUGACGAUUUCAUGUUGGAAAUGACUGAACCUCCACGUAUCCAAGUUGAUGGUCGUCGUGCUCUUCAAUGAGUUCUCCCAUAUCACUCUCUUUUCUAUUUCACACAAAAAAUGUUCAAAAAUUGUACUAAUUGUUCCGCUUCAUACGGUUUUCCCUAUAGUUUCAUUACCUCUUUUCGUCUCUUGAUGUGACUUCCAUUCCUCACUAGGGCAAUGAGAAUAGAC